GCCAGCUCAGAGACACUGGGAACCUGGGCCAGAAUCCGACCCAGCAUCUGACUCCCUCUUCUCAGAGGGUUCCCCCUUUUCUCCUCUCCACUGUUAGAGACAGAUUUGAUCUGGUAUGGCCUGCGGGGGUCCACACCUGCUGCUACCACCUGUGCUGCUGCUGCUACUGGCCUCAGGUUCCUGGGUAAAGGGUGCUGUGCCUGAAGAACUUCACAGACACUCAGGACAGACUCUCUUCCUGCAAUGCUGGUACUCACCCAAGACAGGGCCCUAUCAGCCCAAAUCCUGGUGUGAGCAGACAUCUCCAAAUACGUGUACCUUAUUGGUCACCACCUCCAAGACCCAGACAGCAAUUCAGCAGUCUCGGUACAAAAUCUCAGAUGAGCCCAACGCUGGUUUCUUCAAUGUCACCGUGAAUCAACUGACACAGAAUCUAGGAUCUUACUGGUGUGGAAUCUACACUUCCAAAAACAUCAUCACUGUUCUCAGAAACAUCAGCCUGGUGGUAUCUCCAGCCCCAACCACAUCUCCUGUGUGGACCCUCACCAGACUCCCAACAAGCACAGUUCUGAUUACUCUCCAGAGGGGACCUCUGACCAUCCCUCCAUCAAUGGCUCUGAGACCAGGUCCCCCUGCCGAGAGCGCAUACACAAAAGUGAGGCACUUUGAAGGGGAGACUCUGUCUGUGUUGUGCUCCUACAAGGGCUACAGAAAUCGUGUGGAUGGGAAGGUUUGGUGCAAAAUCAGGAGGAGGAAGUGUGAGCCUGGCUUCACCCGAGUCUGGGUGGAGGGACCCCGCUACUUGCUGCAGGACGAUGCCCAGGCCAAGGUGGUCAACAUCACCAUGGCGGCCCUCACUCUCCAGGACUCGGGCCGAUACUGGUGCAUGCGCAACAGCUCCGGGACCCUGUACCCCAUGUUGGGCAUCUGGCUGGACGUGUCUCCAGGUGAGUGGGCUGGAGGGGCACUGGGAAGGGUGGAGGGAGCCCUCCCUGCCCUACACUCCACUAACAUCAGAGAUGAUAAGGAUAGUAACCCAUCCGUGGUCAUGUGGCACUGUAGUGUUUUCAGAGUGCCUUUAUGGCACUAUUCACGACACUAUUGUCACCAUUUACAGAUGAGGAUAAUGAGACCUGAAAACCCAAUGUGACUCUGAGCUUGUCCAGGGUCCCAGAGCUAGCAGGUGGCUGAGAUGAGGUUCAACCUUGGGACUGUCUGUGCUGUGUUUCAUUCACUCAUUGCUUCACCAUAAUUCACUCAGCCCCUAUUAUGUGGCAGGCACUAUUCUAGGCUCUAAGGAUACAAGAGUGAGCAAAUACAGACACAAUCUUGCUCUAUAACAAUUGCAAAUAACAAGAAAUGUUUGUAAGAAAAUAAAACCCUGGCGAACUGGAAAGUAACUCGGUAAUGAGGGAGCUGUGGAAGUACUGAGGAUCAGAAAACACCUCCCUGAGCAGAUGACACCAAGCAGAGCCCUGAAUGGUGAGCGUUCUGCAGCCCUGUUGAAAUCUGGGUGCUUUGAAGGGCACUUUGUGGUAAGAGCUGCAUGUGCAAAGAUCCUGAGGUCAGAAAGAGCUUGGCUUGUAUAAGAAAGGCUUAUCUGGCCAGGCGUAGUGGCUCACACUUGUAAUCGGCACUGUGGGAGGCCAAGGCAGGCAGAUCACUUGAGGUCAGGAGUUCGCGACAAGCCUGGCCAACAUGGUUGAAACCCCAUCUCUACUAAAAAUACAAAAAUUAGCCAGGUGUGGUGGCAUGUGCCUGUAAUCCCAGCUACUCAGGAGGCUGAGGCAGUAGAAUCACUUGAACCCAGGAGGCAGUGGUUACAGUGAGCUGAGAUUGUGCUAUUGCACUCCAGCCUGGGCAAGAGUGAGACCCUAUCUCAAAAAAAAAAAAAAAUGCUUUUUUAGUGGCUCCAUAUUGAGUAUGGGACAGUGAUUGACUAGGUUGGGGAGUCCAGCAUCCCUGAAGCCUGUGAGAUGGAGUUUGGGUGAUUCUAAGUACAAGAGGAAGCUAUCAGAGAGCUGAGAGAGGUGUGUCAUAGCUUGUUUUUAAGUAUGUAGUAGCCACUUGACAAGGACAGACUGUGGAAGGUAUGAGCAUGGGCAGAGCGACCAUUGUGAACACAGUGCAUGCUUCCAGCCUGAAGGGCGAGACAACCUCUUUAAAACGCCAGUACCAGCCCUCCCAACAUUUACAGGUGGAAAGUUGGUGCAGGAAAAUAACAGCCAAUACAUGUGCCAUAGUAGGGGACAGUCCCAGGACAGUGGCAUGGGAGCCUCGAUACUUCAUCCAGGAUGAUCACUUCUAUGGCAUCUUCACCGUCACCAUCACUGAACUCCCAAGUAGAGGCCUUGGGAUUCUAUGGGUGUGGAAUCUCUCAAUCCCAUGAGAUCUCUAUCGUCAGAAUCAUCUGCCUGGUGUUUUCUGAAGGUGAGUUCUGUUCCUUCUUAUUGGUGGGUCUCAGACCUCCUGAAUCACAAGGUAUUAGAGCUGGAGUGGAUCCUAGAAAUCUUCUCCUCCCACCCUCUCUUCGCUGAAAACUGGGGGCAUGGAGAAGAAAUCCCUUGGCCCGAGGCCACUGCUGCUGAAGGGCAGAGCCAGUCCCAGAAUGCAGACCUGCUGGCUUUUGGCUCUUCCUUCCGCAUCACACAUAUUUCCCUUAACAUUUUUUGCUGCUAUUAACAGGACUCCUCUAUUUGGAAUGAGAUUAAAGCUUCCCCAUGCUUGAGCACAAAAGGCUUAAUGGUCCAUUCCGGACAUUCCUACCCCUGACCCUAACUCCCAGCUGUAGUCAAGAAAUUCCACUGAGUAAUGGGGUAGGGUGUAAAAAUAUGACACAGGAGACAGCUAGACAAUGAGGCUGACAUGAGACUUAGGGGAUAAGGCUGGGAGGUGUAGCAACCUGGGGCUCAGAGGUCCUGAGUCCUCCCCGCAGACCUGCCCCUAUCAAUUGAAUGUCAUUAACUUUCAAAAUGAGAAGUUAGGGGUCACCACUACUCCUGAGGCCCCUGGGCACUCCUCCUGAAAUUAGAGUUGCCAAGCUUUCCUGCCUUUUUCUCUGAUGGUCAGGACCCCUCCCUGCUGCUGAGUGUGCCCAGCCACUUGGUCAAAUGGGCACCUAGAGGACCCCAAUAAGCUUCUCUUUCUUCAGUGCUCAAGCUUUGGCUCACUGCCCAUUCCUUGUAGGGCAAAGGGCUAGGCUAGGCCCUGGCUAGGGACUCAAAAGCCUUGAGGUCCCAUCCUGAGCUGGAGGAGCCCACAGCUGAGCCAGAGAAACAGCAUAUGAUGAAGGAUUAUGAUGCAAGGUGGUAGGUGGCAUUAGGGAAAUAUGGUGGAUGGAAGAAUAAUGAAAGCUGGAAAGGAGGGGGAAGGUUUAAAUUUCUAGUACCAGGGGAAUUUUAAACCUAUAAAAUAAGGCACAUAUGGAAUACAUUAAUAAAAGCUAACUUGUAAAGCAGUAUGCCACAGGCACAGGUGAAUGCAAGGUAGAAUGAAUGAUAUGAAGUAGAGUAAUCAAGGAUUUAUUCUUGAAGAAGUUGGGGGCAUAUGGAUUGGUGAAGAAUAGCAGGCAAGUGCAGUUCCAAUAAAGUGAAUAGCCUGAAUAUGUCUUUCUUCUUCUUUCUGCCUUUCCUCCCUCCCUCUUUUCCUUCUGUCCUUCCUGACUCUAAUCGAGGCUCAUCAUACACUAUUCUUAGGUUACAGCAAAAGGAAACCCUGCUUCUUGGCCAUGUCUAUUUCCUUCCUUAGCUCCAUUUACCCUAACACUUACCCAUCCACUCACUCAUCCAUCUUUUCAUCCACUUACUCUUCAUACAUCCUAUCCAUUCCCCCACUCAUCCAUCUAUUCAUCCAUCUAUUUAUCCACCC